UUCGUACAGGAAGUUCCUCAGUGUGCCUCUGUCAUUUUCAAUACGUCAAAUUUCAUUUUUCAUUUGACUUUUUCCUUUUUCAUUUCAUAAGUUGUGGGUACCACGUUUUAUAGCAUAAAACGCCACAAUGCAAAUUUUCGUGAAAACCCUCACCGGUAAAACGAUCACCCUCGAGGUUGAGCCCUCAGACACGAUCGAAAAUGUGAAAGCCAAGAUCCAAGACAAGGAAGGUAUUCCACCAGACCAGCAAAGGUUGAUAUUUGCUGGUAAACAGCUAGAAGAUGGUCGUACUCUCUCAGACUACAACAUUCAGAAGGAAUCCACUCUCCAUCUGGUGCUGAGAUUGAGAGGAGGUAUUAUUGAACCCUCUCUUCGCAUCCUUGCCCAGAAAUAUAACUGUGACAAGAUGAUCUGCCGUAAAUGCUAUGCCAGGCUUCAUCCCAGGGCUACUAAUUGUAGGAAGACCAAGUGUGGACACACCAACAACUUGCGCCCCAAGAAGAAGCUGAAGUAGAGUGGAAUUGUAGAGUUUUUUUGGGAUUUCUAAUAAUUACUAUGUUUUGCUAUUGAUUUAACAGCUGGAGUUCAAUAGAAAUCUAAUGAAAGUUAUUUUUGUUCAUCACUUCCUAUUUCUGAUCAAUAUGUCAGGAUAAAAAUGA